AUGGGUCAGGACUCUGCGCCAGGUGACAUGAAGUGGUCCAAGUCUAUACCACCUGCUCCUCAUCUCCGUUGUAUUAGAGUGAUAUUUUCGAGCAGGAAUCCCACCAGAACCAACAUGGAGCGCACAGAGGGAAGACUGGCAGUAGCUUUCCUCCUCCUCCUGCCUCUUCUGUCAGUCAGCAGUGUCUCCAAUGGAAAAUCUACAGUUUCCUGGUGCGUGCUGUCCGACGCUGAAGAGCAGAAGUGUCUGGAUUUGGCCGGGAACGCCACAGCUAUGAAUGUUAGAGGAACUUUACAAUGCGUCCGUGGACUGAACACCAGAGACUGUAUGAACAAAAUUAAGAACGGGACCGCAGACGCGGCCUCCAUGUUUGCUGAUGACAUCUAUGCCGCCGGCCUCUGCCACGGCCUGGAGCUGGCUGCAGGGGAGUCCCACAACGGAGUUGAUGGUCUCAGCUACUACGUGGUGGCGAUGGCACGUCGAUCCUCCUCAGACCUGUCCCUGCUGGAGAUGCAUGAGCGCAGCUCCUGUCACCCCGGCAUGCGCACCACAGUGGGGUGGACUGUCCCCGUUGGCUACCUGGUCAACACGUCCCAGAUCAGAGUUGGGGAGCAGUGCAACUUCCCCAGAGCCGUCGGCAACUUCUUUGGUUACAGCUGUGUGCCGGGCGUCAAGGACGUCCAGCACGACCCGAGAGGCAACAACCCCAAGAACCUGUGCGAGGCCUGUAUAGGAGAUGAGGACGACAGACACAUCUGUGCCAACAACCACAGAGAGCGGCACUAUGGGGAAGCAGGAGCACUGAGGUGUGUUGCAGAGAACCUCGGUGACGUGGCAUUUGUCAAACACACAACAAUCUUUGACAAUCUGGACGGUAAGAACCAGGAGUCCUGGGCCCUGGACCUGGAGCUGGAGGACCUGAAGCUGCUGUGCCCCGACGGGACCGAGGCGGACCUGGACCAGUUUGAGCGAUGCCACCUGGCAGCUGUGCCGGCUAACGCCGUAGUGGUGCGCAUGGAGGACAAGUGUCGCGUCUGGAAGUACCUGGAACGUUUACAGAAUGCGUUUGCCAACUCCACCGAAGGCUUCCGCCUGUUCAGCUCAGCAGGCUAUGGUGAAUCCGAUCUGCUCUUUAAUGAUGCCACCCACCACCUGCAGAGGGUUGUGAGUAGCUACGCCUCUUGGCUGGGCCCCACAUACACCACCAUGCUGCAAGCCUUCGAGUGUGAGGGCUUCUGCUGAUGGAGCAGGAGGAUAACAUCCAACAUAUCAGCUUCCAACCCAUCCCUCCGUCUCCGUCCUUUCGUUCUGCCUUCUCUCACCGCCAUCUGCGCCCCUCUAACCCUCCGUCUCGCCAUGUUUUUUCCUCAUCUUUGCUUUGUUCUUGUCUUUGUGUCUUCCCUGCAUUUCACCACCCAUUCUCUGAUGUUGUGUCGUUGUCCUCCGUUGACUUGCUCCACUCUAGCGUGCUGGCAGGCAGGCUAGGACAGCGCUAAGAUGGGCUAAUCAGCUAGGAAAUACUAUAAAACAGCUUAGAACAUUCAGAAGAAAAUGGUGGGAAAUAGAAAAGAGAAAAAGAAUUCAAGUGCAAGUUGACACUUUGAAGUUAUCAUGAAUUCGACAGAUUGUGUGUCUUAAAAAGAUGAUGAUACAGACUUUAAUGGAAAUAUCACAUGAAUAAGUAACAUCUGCCCCAAUAUUGAUUUAUUUGUACAAAAAUAGUCCCAUUAAAUGUUCCAACACUGUGUGUUUAACAUGAAUUUGUGUUUUGUUGCAUUAAGCUAAGCAUCAAUGCCAUCCCUUCAACCCAAACCCUCGUCCCACAGGGUCUGUCUCUGGCACUGAACAACUCGGUGCUAUUAACUUUGAGCUUAGAGGUCUCAGUUACUGUGUGUGUGUGUGUGUAUUACUGUGUGAGUGAGUGUAGACUUUUUUUCCCACAGCCAUUAUUGCCCUAAUCGGCAUGCUGGCAUAUCAUACUGAGGAAAAAGUGUGUGUGUGUGUGUCUGUGUGUAUGUCCCAUAGUGUAAUUGUGUUGGUAGGCUUGUAGCGUUAUUCUCCGGAUCACUGCUUUCUCACGUCUGUAUGGUGGACUGUCCGAUGCCAGCUCACAGUGUGCUGUUACACUAUACCGUGGGGAGAAACCGGAAUAGGGUUUGGGCUAACCAGGGUGGCCCCCGAGUCCGUUUUUUUUGGUCUAAAAGCUUUGGUAGUUUUCUCAUCUGUGAUAUUUGCAUCCCCCGGAAACACCCAAACUGUACUCUUGAAUGUCUUCUUGUGUGUCCUGCUUCUACGCCUUUAAGGAACAGGUGGAGGUCCGCUGCGUUUUUCGAAAAUGUAUCACUUAUACUUUAAGUUUGCUCAUAAUAGCGAGACCAUGACAACAAAUUACUAAUAGAAGGAUGGUUUUAGAGGAAGAAAUUAGUCAGUGAAUUGUGUGAUUUUAUCAAAGAAUCGUUAUGAACAGAGUAUUGCUGAAUUAAUGAAUUUUAAAGAAAUGAUGAUUGUCAAAAAAUGCAUGUAAUAUUCUGAUAUGUUUAAGGAAGUGCAAUUAAAGAAUCAAAGUUAAGCCUCACUUGACCCACAUAACCACUUACUGUGAAAUGUAUACAGACCGUAAAUCUGGGCUUUAAUCGUCGUUUCCACCUUUAUUAUUCGUUUUAGAUUCUGCACCACAAAAAAACGGAUAAAGUUCUCCUUGUCAAAAUGUUUUUAAUACCUCAUCAAAAAUCCAACCAGAAGAACAACAGAUACAAAUGCAGGAUGUAUUCCUUCUCUUUGAAAUGAAAUACUGUCACAUUUCAUAAAUGUACGGGUUCCAUUCCAAAAAAAACUGUCAACGUGCAAGACGAAAUACGUCACAUUUCUUGAGGAAAGCAACGAUUUGCACCUCAUCAAGGGUGAAGGCACGACUAUGGCUCGGCUGAUUCACUUCUGGUUUG